UGGGGCUCUCGUGGACGUGUCGCCGCUAAGCAGCGGACGCAUGGCGCCGCCCGCCGCUCUCGCCCGGGUCAUAUCCUGCUGCCGCCUCCUCCCCCCGCCCCCCCUCCGCCCCCCUCCCAUGCUCUCCACGCGUCUCCUCCGCCACCGCCUCGCCGCCGCCGCCGCCAGCUCCUCCCGCCCGCCCCUCCGCUUCGCCACCGCCGCCGCCAUGUCCUCCUCCUCCUCCUCCGCGCCGAAGCCGAACCGCCUCGCCGCCGAGCACAGCCCCUACCUGCUGCAGCACGCGCACAACCCGGUUGACUGGUAUCCUUGGGGAGACGAGGCUUUCGAGAAGGCUCGCAAAUUGGACAUCCCCAUCUUCCUGUCAAUUGGCUAUAGUACAUGCCAUUGGUGUCAUGUAAUGGAGGUGGAGUCUUUUGAGAAUGAAGAAGUCGCUAAGAUUCUAAAUGAUUGGUUUGUUAGCAUCAAGGUGGACCGUGAAGAGCGGCCAGAUGUUGACAAGGUUUAUAUGACGUAUGUGUCAGCACUGUACGGUGGUGGUGGUUGGCCUUUGACCGUCUUUUUAUCACCUAACUUAAAACCUUUGAUGGGCGGUACAUACUUUCCACCAGAUGAUAAGUAUGGAAGACCUGGGUUCAAGUCCAUUUUAAGGAAGGUCAAGGAAGCCUGGGAUACUAAACGUGAUGCGCUUGAGAAGUCAGGAAAUGUGGUCAUCGAGCAACUUAGAGAUGCAUUAUCUGCCAAGGCUAGCUCUCAAGAUGUGCCAAAUGAUGUGGCUGUUCUUUAUGUAGAUGAAUGUGUUGAAAAGUUAGCAAGCAGUUACGACCCAAAGUUUGGUGGAUUUGGCUCUGCUCCCAAGUUUCCAAGACCCGUUGAAGAUUGCAUAAUGCUCUAUAAAUUCCGGAAACACAUGGAAGCUGGGCAGAAGAGUGAAGCCGAAAACAUAAUGAAGAUGGUAACUCAUACACUGCAAUGUAUGGCUAGAGGUGGAGUUCAUGACCAUGUUGGAGGUGGCUUUCAUAGAUAUAGUGUGGACGAGUGCUGGCAUGUUCCACAUUUUGAGAAGAUGCUGUACGACCAGGGACAAAUAGCCAAUGCAUACUUGGAUACAUAUGUUAUCACAGGAGACGAGUAUUAUUCUUCAGUUGCACGUGAUAUACUUGAUUACUUGAGGAGAGACAUGAUUGGAGAAGAUGGUGAAAUUUUCUCAGCAGAAGAUGCUGACAGUGCAGAAUAUGAAGGUGAUGCAAGAAAAAAAGAGGGUUCUUUCUAUGUGUGGACAAGUCAAGAGAUCGAAGACACACUUGGGGAGAACGCGGAGCUGUUCAAGAACCACUACUAUGUUAAAUCGUCUGGCAACUGUGACCUAUCGGGGAUGAGUGAUCCUCACAACGAGUUCAGUGGUAAAAAUGUAUUAAUAGAAAGAAAACCGGGUUCAUUGAUGGCAUCGAAGUAUGGCAAGUCUGUUGAUGAAUAUUAUGGAAUCCUGGGGGAAUGCAGACAGAAGUUGUUUGAUGUCCGAUCAAAAAGGCCAAGACCACAUUUGGACGACAAGGUUAUUGUUUCAUGGAAUGGAUUAGCAAUAUCUGCCUUUGCAAGAGCUUCACAAAUUUUGAAGUCAGGACCACCUGGAACCAAAUUUUAUUUCCCGGUCACAGGAUGCGAUCCAGUAGAAUAUCUUCAAGUCGCAGAAAAGGCAGCAAACUUUAUAAAGGAAAAACUCUAUGAUGCAGGCUCAAAAAGGUUGCAUCAUAGUUAUCGAAAUGGCCCAGCAAAAGCACCAGGAUUUUUAGAUGAUUAUGCCUUUUUGAUCAAUGGCUUGCUGGAUCUCUUUGAAUAUGGUGGUAAGAUGGAGUGGCUUCUGUGGGCUAUCGAGCUGCAAGUCAUUCAGGAUGAAUUGUUCUUGGACAAACAAGGGGGUGGCUAUUUUAAUACCCCUGGAGAAGACCCUUCUGUCCUUCUCCGUGUUAAAGAAGACUACGAUGGUGCAGAGCCCUCUGGAAACUCAAUGGCGGCGAUCAACAUGGUCAGGUUGUCCAGUAUUUUGGAUGCUGCAAAAUCUGAAGGCUACAAACGUAAUGUUGAACAUCUCCUGGCGGUCUUUGAGACUAGACUGAAAGAACUUGGCAUAGCGUUGCCACUGAUGUGCUGCGCAGCAGACAUGCUCACUGUCCCGUCGAGGAAGCAGGUAGUGCUGGUGGGGGAUAAAGCAUCUCCGGAAUUUCAAGACAUGGUCGUUGCUGCAUUCUCGUCAUAUGACCCAAACAGAACCGUGAUCCAGAUAGAUGCUAGCAAAAUGGAAGAGAUGGCAUUCUGGGAGAGCAACAACGCGAACAUCGCACAGAUGGCACGGAGCAGCCCAUCAGGGAAGCCAGCGGUGGCACAUGUGUGCCAAGAGUUCAAGUGCAGUCCUCCGGUGACCUCUCCAGGCGCGCUCCGUGAGCUGCUCAACAAGGCGGUGGCUGCUGCGGGUUCAGCUGUUUGAUGCUCCGCCUCUGUCUUGUUCAUGUGUGCGUCAUAUCGACAAAGCUCUUGAGACCUUUCAGUUGGCAGUUGUAUAUAGACGUUCCCAGUAAAAUACAAGGCUAGAUCUGUACUUCACACACUUGUUGUGUGCAUGCAUUUCAUAUGUUUGCAGGAAGGCUUGUUUUGUAUACAUGACACUAUAAAAAUAAAAGGGUGAAAUAAAAGACAGUGCAGUGAAUGAUUCCACAUGAA